AUGAAGUUUCGCUUCUUCUUCCUCCUCAUGGUUGCGUUGCUAGGGACGCAGACAACACGAGCGUCUGGCGCCCUAGCGACAAAUGGCCGGGCGUAUGAGGAGGGCAAUCUUGUCAUCCCGUCCCCGGCCAUGCUCCGCGGGUGUCCGAAAACGUGCGGCAAAGUCAGCUUCGACUACCCGUUUGGCAUCGGCUCCGGCUGCUUCCGCGACCCCGACUUCAACCUGACCUGCGUCGUCGACGGCAGCACGGGCACCCACAAGCUCUUCUUGCACGACGGUAUCACCGAGGUCGUCGACGGCGGCAUCGACGCUGGCUGGUCGCGCACCAUAAGCAUCGCCUAUGCCAACAACGCCGUCGUCACCGCUGGCAAGGACGUUUACAACUUGUCCUCUUGGUCACCCCCCGGGAGAUCUUUUGUCGGAUUCAGUGGCAAAAUAAACGUCACCGGCUGCGGCUUUGACGUGUUCAUGCUCGACCACGACUCGAACUCAACCUUCAAGGUCUGCUCGACCACCUGCCCCGGUAGCGAGAUCACGGAGGCGACGGCCAGGCAGAACUGCAACGGCACCUGGUGCUGCUCCUUCCCAAUUAUAAACGGUAACUUCCGUGGGUUUCAGUUCAGCUUUGUCCGGCUGCGCGGCCAAGACAUCAGGGUGAACCGCACAAGUCCUCUGUGGAACAAGGUCAGCGUAACAACUGUUUAUGCAAACCUGGGAUGGAAUGUGGCGGAUCAGGCAAACUGUGCCGACGCUGAGGGAGACGCAGCGACCUACGCCUGCCGCAGCAACAAUAGCAGCUGCGUUGAUAGUCUGGUGACGCGUAGAGGCUACUGGUGCUACUGCAACGGCGGCUUCCUUGGCAAUCCCUAUGUUCCCCAAGGCUGCUCACGCGACAAAGGUAUCAUCAUUGGGUUGUGUAGUGGCUCAGGGGUUCUGCUUCUCAGCUUGACUGGAGUUCUCAUGGUACGGAGAUGGAAAAGAUACAUCCAAAUGCAGUUACGGAGGAAAUAUUUUAGGAAAAACCAAGGUCUUCUUUUAGAACAACUUAUAUCGUCAGAUGAAAAUGCAAGUGACAAGACAAAGAUUUUCUCCGUGGAAGAACUAGAAAAGGCAACAGACAAUUUCCAUCAAAUGCGUAUCGUAGGCCGCGGAGGCCACGGCAUGGUUUACAAGGGCAUACUAUCUGACCAAAGGGUGGUGGCAAUAAAAAAGUCUAAGGUCAUUGAGGCAGGUGAGAUCAAUCAAUUCAUCAAUGAGGUCGCCAUCCUCUCCCAAAUAAACCACAGAAACAUCGUAAAGCUCUUCGGAUGUUGUCUUGAAACUGAGGUACCUCUGUUAGUAUAUGAUUUUAUCCCCAAUGGAUCGUUGUUCAGUGUUCUUCAUUCGGAUUCAAGCACUAGUUGUUUAUCAUGGGUUGAUUGCAUAAGGAUUGCUGUGGAAGCUGCAGGAGCUCUCUCUUAUCUCCAUUCCGCAGCUUCAAUAUCGGUCUUUCAUCGUGAUGUGAAAUCAUCCAAUAUUCUCUUAGAUGGAAACUACACAGCUAAAGUUGCUGAUUUUGGUGCUUCGAGACUAGUUUCUAUUGACCAAACUCACAUUGUAACAAAUGUACAAGGCACAUUUGGGUACCUAGAUCCGGAGUAUUACUACACUGGACAACUCAAUGAGAAAAGUGAUGUCUACAGUUUUGGUGUGGUACUCAUUGAGCUACUUCUGAGGAAAGAGCCAAUAUUCACAAGUGAAUCAGGCUCGAAGCAAAACUUGUCAAACUAUUUUCUUUCGGGGUUGAAAAUGAGACCGGUUACAGAAAUAGUACAUGCUCAAGUUCUUGAUGAAGCAACUGAGGAAGAGAUUAGCAGCGUAGCUUCCCUUGCAGAGAUGUGCUUGAGGCUCCGAGGUGAGGAUAGACCGACCAUGAAACAUGUGGAGAUGGCUUUGAGGAUUCUGCAAACAGAAAGGUUAAAACUGUGCAAUGUUGAUCCAAAGAACGGACAAGAGAGGGAACCAGUGCUAACUCCACCAAGAGGAGAGGAUAGCUCUGAUGAGUUGGUUGCUUCUGAUUGUGCCAACGCUAAUUUUCCAUCUGAAAACAUCAAACAGUGCUAUAGCUUUGAGCAAGAGUUCAUGUCAUAUGAUGGUGUUUCACGCUAGAUGUGUGUAUAAAUCUAGCCUCUACGCUUACUGCGCCUCUGAUCAUUCGUCCUUUAUGUAUCAAUAAAUAAGCACAUAUGUAUGUUUUUAAGGCCAUGCACGAUGUAGCCAUGUAGUCGGUAGUGUAAGUUUUACUUCACAGGUCUGUUGUGAAGAAACUACUAUACCAAACUUUGUGUUAUCCUGUGAAGUCCACUCUAUGUAGGUUGUCUAGCUUCAUUCUUGAGUGGCCAA